UGUAGCAAACCGUUCAAAUAUGAUUGUCAUGUAUAAUUAAUCAGACUUCCACUAGGUAGUGACAUAGCUACAACACCACACUUAUAAAUUGCCUGCUCCACUCAGUCAUAAACGAACAGUAGCUCUAUGUGCGCUUCUAUAAAAUUGAAUGUCCGACGUAAUCAAAUACGUGACGUGAUGAUAUCUAAAAAAGUCGAUAACGGGCAAUAUGCAUUCAACGUACUGGGUCCUUUGAAUACUUUACUGAAGAUAUUUUCUCUGAAUUGCAAUUUGCAGAUUAAUACGUCCUUAGAUAAUUUUUGUAUACUUUUCAAAUAUGCGUUAACAGUCACCGUUUUGGGUGUAAUAAAUUUUUUCACUCUGUAUUAUAAAGUGAUCAAUGUAUAUAGUCAAAUAAAUGCUUCAAUUAAAUUUACUGACUUAGUGCAAAUGGUAUUCGAUUAUUUUCAAUAUUUAGUUGAUGUCUACAACGCAUACAAAUACGGAAGAAACGUGAGCAUUGAAUAUUAUAAACAAUAUGGAAAUAUUGAUAAAAUUCUCGGCGUUACAAAUUAUCCUGCAAUUAAAAAAAGAAUAAUGAAAAGUAUUGUCUUCUUUCUGUUCAGUUGGUUUAUAACUUCAGCUUGUGACUUUGCGGCUUGGGUUUUGAGUUUCGGUUGGUUAACACCAAUAAUGUAUUCCGUCGCGUACAUUUUUCUCUUGAUAAAAAUUUUAACUACAUUGGAUUUAUCUGCACAUGCUAUGCAGAUUGAAUGUCGGUUGCGAAGCAUUUGUGAUUUACUUCAACAUAAAUAUGCUUCACUUGAACCUUUACCGGGAGUAGAAAGUGAUUUAUUGAAUAAUCUGAACUGGUUUUAUUCUGAUGCAUGCUCACGAGUUAAUAAAUUGCUAACGAAAAAAAAUCUGAUAAUAAAGCCAUUGUGUAGCAGCGAUCACGAAGUAAAAUGGUUAUGUAGAUGUUACUUGAUGCUCAUAGAACAAUCUACGUUCAUCAACAACAUGUUUGGGAUUCGGUUUCUAUUAAAUAGCCUAAGUUUACUUAUUGAUAUGAUAAGAUUUUUGAAUCUCGCAGUCAGAAUGUUAAUUGGAUCUCAGCAUACCACCUACGACGCUGGUUACUUUCCAGCGGUAUGUAGUCUGCUACGUCUGCUCAUGUGUGUGGUGAUAUUAGUGAAUUUGGUAGACAACUGCGAGAAAGUCCAUCGACAAACCGACAACAUACUUAACAUCGCUGACCAUAUUCUUAUCAAUAGGCAACCAGACGAAGAAUUACGAGACACCGUAACUGAACUUCGGGACCUAAUACGAUCGCGCCCUAUCUAUUUUAAUAUUGCAAAUUUUUUUCGUCUAAACUACUCUAUGCUUUUAUCUGUUGCUUCUGUAGUAGUAACAUACACUAUCAUAUUGUUACAAACUAUAAAUUAAAAUAUAUUAAUA